GGUUUGCCUUGUUGAGUUGCCAAACGCCUGGGCCGCCAGAGUCGAGUGCACUAUGACACGUUUCAGUGCCGCCGUCAGUGACAGUAGCGAUGAUGAACACGAUGUACAUAUGGUUCAGGACUUCAAGAAGUCCCCGGUGCGGUCGCCACCCAAACUAUUGGAAAACCACAAUACCAAAGCUGGUUCAGAUGAGGACAUAGGAGUUGACCAAGAAUCAGACGAAGAAACCUCCGAAGAAGAUAGCUCGUCGGACAUGCAGGAGGACGACCUAGCCCCCGCUCGCUCAAGACCGACGCGCAAUCACGUUUUGACGGCGGAUUCCGAUGAUGAAACUGAGGACGGGUCGGAGAGUACAAGUUCGCGCUCUGCUUCGUCCAGUGAAUCCGAUGUGGAUGUGUCGGCUCAACGGGAAGAUGCUUCGGUGAUACCAUGGGCUAGACAAGUCGGUGUGGAUGCGCAGAAGAUGCACGUCAUGCAGACUUCGCUAUUUCGAAUCCCUGAGGAGGCCGUGGCAAUUAAAGCUAUGAACCGUGCAACGCGACCUCAAUUCAAGUUGCCGCUUACAGUCAGGCGAAAACAUAGUCGCGACUCCAUCGGAGAUGGGCUGCGGAUGGACUCACAGGAGAGGGCAUCAUUUGCGCAUGACAUAGAACCACCAGCUUACCGACCGUCUAGAAAAUAUGCUCGAGUGGAAAUUUCGGCCUCUGCUGUGGCAGGCUGUGAAGAUGGUCUGGUAGAUGCUGGUUUGGCGUUUGGUCGAUCCUUCCGUGUAGGCUGGGGACCAGGUGGUACUUUAGUCCACCUUGGGCGACUCUCUGCUCCGUCGAGUCAAAUUGACACUUCUGCGAAUUCUUCAGUUAUCACGAAGACAAUCAUACCGCUCUUCGCACGUUCUCAUAAAGAGGCCAACAUUCGACUUUCACGUCUGCUGCAACACCACUUGAGCAAAACACCAAUUGUUAAAGACGAAAGUGGAAUCCCAUUCGCCGAUCCAACGGCCGAACUUGAUUUUUCUUCUUUUGUGUCCCUGUAUCCUUCCUCCGACCACUCCGAUGAACAGUCUCUUUUCCGACUUGGUCGCGCGUUAUUUGACAGCAUCGAUUUACACCUCGCACCGGAAAUGACUGUUGACGUGCGCAAUCGGAUAUCUGCAGUGCGCCGGAAGGCUGCACUGUCAGAUUGGCUUGAGGAAGCUAUCGGCUAUCUCGUAGAUGCUGAUCUCAAGAAACAUUCCUCUGGCGACUCUGCUGCAUGCAUUUACACUCUCCUUACAGGCAACCAAGUAGAAAAGGCUUGCGAAGCAGCCAUGGACAACGGCUACAUCAAACUUGCAACUCUGAUAUCACAGGCUUCGGGCGACUUCGAGUUCAGGGAGGACUUGAUGGAACAAAUUCAGCUUUGGCGGGAACAGCGGAUAGACGUGCACAUCGGGGAGAGCACACGCAAAAUUUACGCCUUACUCGCUGGAAUACUAGAUGUUGUGGAAGGCUCAAAAGCCAGUAGUCUAGAGCAUUGUCCGGACGUUGACCCUAUCAAGGGUCUGGACUGGAAGCGCACAUUCGGUUUACAUAUGUGGUUCUCUGAGCCGAUGGACGCACCAAUAUCACAGGUCUUCGAGUCCUACAACCGUUCACGACAAGAAUCGCCUUCCCGUGUCGCCCCUCCACUCCCAUCAUACCUCGAGCACUCAUCAGAACCGUUGCCAUUCAAUGUUCCUACCCCAUCGCCUUCCGACGCUCUCUUUUCUUUAAUUCGCCUACAUGCAGAUCCUGCAUGCUCAUUAUCACAGGCCCUCUCCCCACUCUCAUUCGGGCCUUCACCAGGCGAUUACUCACUCUCGUGGCAUUUGUAUAUCAUCUUAUCACGGUGUAUGCGUAUCCGUGAUUUCGCCGAUCGUGCAGAUCCGGGAAAUCGCAAGGACGCCAUGGAUGAUGAUAAUGAACAAGAUCAACAUGAAGGCCAUAGUCCAAGUGCUGACCUGCUUGCGAGCAGCUAUGCACAUCAACUGGAGCAGCUUGGCAUGCUCCAGGAGGCUGUUUUUGUACUUUUACACAUUGAAGGAUCUGCAGGUCGUGAAAAGGCGAUAAAAGACCUGCUUCACCGCUCUGCCGACAAACUGGACGAGUGGAUGUGUAGCGGCAUUCUUGGAAGCCUCAAGAUCCCUGUGGCUUGGGUGAAUGAAGCAAGGGCUGUGUAUGCUAUUUAUGAAGGCAAAGUUUUCGAAGCCUACCAAUUGUACUUGAAUGCAGGAUUGUAUCAGCAGGCUCAUGACCUUGCUGUUGUUGAGCUUGCACCUGAAGCAGUCAUUCGACAAGAUCUUGAUCUGCUUGUAUCAUUAUUUGAAAGAAUUGCCAAUCAGACUGUCGAUGGAUGGCAUACUCGGGGCAAGGUCUAUAUGGACUAUGCUCAUGCCAUGACACGCAUUCCCGAGCUGCACGCUUCGCUGACAGAGUCAGCAGUGCCAGACACAGUUGAGGAGCAGGAGUUGGAUAAUUUUACCCGUACUGUGCCCCGCCUUAUCAACGUUUUGCCCGAUGUGUUGUCCAAUCCAUCCGACCCACGACACAAAGUUGCACUAGCCGAGAUGAUUUCUGGCCUGACAGCCGUGCUUGAUAUAGUGAGACCCUUGGCACUGUCGCAGUCACAAAUAAAGUUGACCGCAAUCGACGAGGCAACCAAGCUACGCCACAUACAAACAACAUUCUAUGAAAAAUAUAUGAGGUCAAUUCAGGCCUCGUGAUUCCUGUUUUGCCGAAAGACUGCUUUUUCGCAGUUUAUCGUUGUAUUUAACUGUUGUGAAUACCUUUCCUUCCCGUAUUGUAUCUAUGCAUUGAUUGAAGUGGGGACCUGCUCGUUCAUAAUAUUCGUGUGAUUCUGGUUCAAA